AAGUGACUAGUGGCUGACUAGCCCUGCAGCGUGCAGUGCCUUUUUCCUCCCUUCUUUCUUCUUUUUUUUUUUCCUUGCUGCUUUUCCUCCUUCGCUCAUGUAAUGCACUCCCUGAACCAAGAAAUCAAAGCAUUCUCCCGGGAUAAUCUCAGGAAGCAGUGCACCAGGGUGACCACGCUAACUGGAAAGAAACUCAUAGAAACCUGGAAGGAUGCCACAGUUCAUGUUGUGGAAACAGAGACCAGCGGUGGGGGUAGUUGUGGCUAUGUGCAGGACCUUACCUUGGACCUGCAAGUUGGCGUUAUUAAGCCCUGGUUGCUUCUGGGGUCCCAGGAUGCUGCGCAUGAUCUGGAGCUACUGAGAAAGCACAAGGUGACCCAUAUUCUCAACGUCGCGUAUGGAGUUCAGAACGCUUUCCUCAGUGAGUUUACAUAUAAGACCAUUUCUAUACUGGAUGUGCCUGAAACCAAUAUCCUGUCCUAUUUUCCAGAAUGUUUUGAGUUUAUUGAGCAAGCAAAACUGAAGGAUGGCGUGGUUCUCGUCCACUGUAACGCAGGGAUUUCCAGGGCUGCUGCGGUUGUCAUCGGCUUCCUCAUGAGUUCUGAAGAACUUGCUUUCACCAGUGCUUUGUCGUUGGUGAAAGAGGCAAGACCAUCCAUAUGUCCGAAUCCUGGCUUCAUGGAACAACUCCGCACCUACCGAAUAGGCAAAGAGAGCAAUGGAGGUGACCAAGUGCCCGCAGUGGCCACGGACCAUGGUCCGUGAUCUGUACUCUAGCGGAGGCAAACUACUUACGCAUCUGCCUCUGCCCUCUUGCCUGUGUUUUGGACGGUAACUUGUAAAGCUUCCCUUUUCUGUUGUCUUUUACCAGUGGAAAUGGAAGCUACGUUUGUCGACCAGAAUUAAUACAUUUUUACAUUUUACCUUU